CUCGAGUGAGGUUUGAAUUGAAGCGGCAAGAUGGCGUCGUAGGCAAGAGAACCUUUUUUUGUGUGUAAAAGGUAAACAAAGCUUUUUUUGUUUAUUUGUUUGUUUCCAGUAAGAGUGCGUUUAUAUUUAGGUUUAUAUACCCAGUCUUUUAGCGUUAUUUUAUUUUAUUUUAUUGGGUAACGAAGCUGAUAUAAAUCGUUUUUAUAGCCAGGAGAGUUUAAACAAAUAAAUAAACAAGUUACACUUUAGUGACAGUUAGCCACAGUGGGCUGAUUUAAGAUUCAUCAGCAUGUCAAAAAAGUAAAAGAAGUUAUAAAGUUGCAUUUUUUAUCCAGAAAACGGACAUUAUUAGGUUAAUUGCUGCAAGCAGUGGAGAAGAAAAUGGAUGAGAAGGAAAUAUCAUCUUUGAGUAACUCUAAAGAGAUAAACAAGACCUAUAUAAUAUCCACCCUGACAAGCAGGUGUGAUGAGGUUCCCAGUGCUGGUCGCCUCACUCUUCAAAGAAGAAACAGCAAAAACACAGUGGGUGGUGUUCAGGAAGCAUCUGAAAAUACAGAGAACCGAGAAAGUCAUGGGAAACGGUUAACUUUACAGAGGAGAACCAGAGCAGGAGCAGGGUCCACUGAUAAAGUUUCUCAUCCACACACAUCCACCAUGAACCAGAAACGACCGUGGACUAGUUCAAAGAUCCUGUCCGAGCCGAACAGCCGAGAGGGUUCAUCUGGUCUUCUGAGAUCUGCCAGUUUGAGAGAAAAUGGACUGAAAACCAGUGCGAAAGAUGCAACCAAGCCAGUCAACACACCUGGAAAGAGUGCUCAGAAAGCACAGAGCACAGGCAGAGAACAGAAAACUAUCUCAACUCCGACUGGGAAAACCCAGUUUGAGCGAAUAAGUUUGAAGAAGGAAGUUUUUGAAAAAUUAUCCCUAAAACAGACAGGUGUUGAAAGGCAAAAGCAGUCGAGCUCGGAUUUAAACGGAGGCGCGAUUCCAGGUCCAGUCAGUAAGAAGUUUCCGAUUAUCAGUCAAAACCGGACCGCGAUAUCUACUACGAGAAAGACCACAACUCAGCUUUCGACUGUUUUAAACGCGAAGUCGAAGCCUCCUCCGUGUGAGUCUGGGAGUCGAACUGCGGCUUUAUCAUCUAACGAACUGAAGAUGGAAAACAGUGCGGUGACGGUGGCGGUGCGAGUGAGACCCUUCAGUCAAAGGGAAAACAAUGAGAAUGCUCGUCGAGUGAUUUUCAUGGAGAAUCACGAGACUGUAGUUCAGCAUCCCGACACUAAACAGACAUACACCUUCUCUUUCGACUUCUCCUUCUACUCGGCUGAUGAAAUGGCCCCGAAUUUCUCCGGUCAGCAGACCAUUUAUGAAAAGCUGGCUAGACCCUUACUCGAAAGAGCGUUCGAAGGAUUUAACACCUGCCUUUUUGCGUAUGGACAAACGGGCUCGGGAAAAUCCUACACUAUGAUGGGUUUUGGUGAGGAGGCUGGAGUUAUACCCAGAUUCUGCGAGGAGCUUUUUGCAAGAGUGUCCAGUGCUGAUAAAAACGAGGUGACAUGUCACCUGGAGAUGAGCUACUUUGAGGUGUAUAAUGAGAAGAUCCACGAUUUGCUUGUGUUGAAGGAUGAGCAACACCAAAAGAAGAUGCCCUUGCGGGUCAGAGAACACCCGACUGACGGGCCGUAUGUUGCAGAUCUUUCUACGAAUGUGGUCAGCUCCUAUGCUGAUGUCCAGGCCUGGCUUGAGCUUGGAAAUAAACAGCGAGCUACUGCUGCUACAGGAAUGAAUGACAAAAGCUCCCGGUCUCACUCUGUCUUCACUCUGGUCAUGACUCAGACUAAGACAGAAUUAGUGGAAGGAGAAGAACACGAUCACAGAAUAAUCAGCAGAAUAAACCUGGUGGAUUUAGCUGGCAGCGAGCGCUGUGGCGUAGCUCAGACCAGUGGAGACCGGCUGAGGGAAGGAGCAAGCAUCAACAAGUCUUUGCUCACUCUGGGGAAGGUGAUUUCUUCACUCUCUGAGCAAGCUCAGGGCAGAAAGAAAAUCUUCAUUCCAUACAGGGAGUCGGUCCUGACAUGGUUACUGAAGGAAAGCCUGGGUGGAAACUCAAAAACGGCCAUGAUCGCAACACUGAGUCCAGCCACGAGCAACAUGGAUGAGAGCCUGAGCACUCUGCGCUAUGCUCAGCAGGCUCGCCUGAUCAUCAACGUAGCCAAGGUCAACGAGGACACCAAUGCCAAGCUGAUCCGAGAGCUGAAAGCAGAGGUGGAGAAGCUGCGGGCCGCCCAAAUGAGCUCGCAGGACAUCGAUCCAGAGAAGAUGAGACAAUUCCAGCAGGAAAUCUUCGCCCUGAAGUCUCAACUCUCUCAGCAGGAACGCGAAAUGGCUGAGGUGCACAGAACAUGGAAGGAGAAACUAGAGCACGCCGAGAGGAGAAAACGUGAAGAGACCAGAGAGCUCCAGCGUGUAGGCAUCACACUUAAAGUGGAUAACCGGCUCCCCAACCUUGUGAACCUGAAUGAGGACCCUCAGCUGUCAGAGAUGCUCUUAUACAUGAUUAAGGAGGGGCAGACCAAGGUCGGCAAGGUCAAGUCUGGGUCAGCCCAUGACAUCCAGCUCUCUGGGGCUCUUAUUGCUGAUGAACAUUGUAUUAUCUCCAAUGUUAAUGGCACAGUCAGCAUCACCCCCAUGGAAGAUGCCAAAACCUUUGUGAAUGGAAACCUUGUAUCUGAAGCCACCAUCCUCCACCAUGGUGACCGAGUGAUUCUUGGAGGAGAUCACUAUUUCCGCUUCAACCACCCGGCCGAGGUGCAAUGUGGAAAGCGAGUGUCCUGUUGGAGCAAUGGAGAUGGCCAGAAAGACUUUGAGUUUGCCAAGAAUGAGCUACUUUCAGCUCAAAGAGCUCAAUUAGAGGCAGAGAUUGAAGACGCCCGACUGAAAGCCAAAGAGGAGAUGAUGCAGGGAAUCCAGGUGGCCAGAGAAAUGGCCCAGAAAGAGUUGUCUGACCAGAAGCUUCAGUAUGAGAACCGGAUCAAAGUCCUGGAGAAAGAACUUGAGGAAGAGAAUGAAAGAAAAAGAGCAGAGGAGCUUGAGAGGCAGAAGGUCGUCAGCAAGAUGGAGAAACUAGAGACCGCAAAGUCUCUCCUGGAACAAGAAAUGAGCAUGCACAAGAAACGGAUACAAAUGGAGGCCCAGGCUGCCAGACAGGCCAUGGUUGAUAAUGAUAUUCGACAUGCUAAAAUCCUUGAAGCGCUGGAAGCGGAGAAGAGGAAAAUUGCAGAAGAUCUAGCUGAUAUUCAGAAGAGACGUGCCCUGAAGGUGAACCAGACUCCCAAGACUGCUCCUCCACAAUGGGAUGCCAUGAAAUUGUCGCUUAUGAUUGAAGAAGCUAACAAAAUAAGCGCCAAAUUCAGGAAACACACAGUGUUUGGCAGACAUGAAGUAUCUGAGAAGGGGAGUGGAGGAGGAAACACUGAGACGCAAAUCCAAGUGCAGAACACUAAACUGGGCAUCUCCACCUUCUGGAGCAUGGAGAAAUUUCAAAGCAACCUGGCUGUCAUGAGGGAGCUGGAACAGGGUGUUUGCACCUCUAAAGAUGACGAUGUGUUUUAUGACCCCAACGAUCACUGGGAACCAGAUAUAUCAUCAGCAUCUGCAGAGUCAUCCUUUUCUCGCAGAAGGAGCAGGAGUCUGCUGAGGAGCAGGCGCAUCUCUGGGCGACUCUAUGAGAUCCGAGUGCACCCCAUUCAGAGCUUAAACUGCACCUCCUCACAGCCAACAGGCCUGAUAAGCAUGAGCAAAUCCCCUUCUUUUCAUUCCAGCAGUUCAGACUCGGCCUUGCCCGGCAUCUGCAAAGAUCUGAUAGCUGCCACAGUUUCCUGUUUACGUACUAGUUCAUCAGCAGAAGAGAGCGAGAGCCUGGCAGACAAACUCACCCUGGACCUUCUGUCCAUUUAUAACGCUGCAAACUCCAUCGAAGGCUUGUACGGGCAACUGGAUGACAACAGCCAGGAGAACUUGUUUGCAUGUAGCACUGAAGCACAGACUCAUCUUGUGAGAGCUACCUCGGCUAUCGAGAGAGCCGGGUUCGUUACCAUGCACUGGGUCUCCAAUGUCAACUCCAGCACUCAGUCAGUGUCCCAAACUGUGGAGGAGCUCAAGACCGAAGUAAAGAAUACAGGAGGAUAUUUUCAGCUCCUUAUUCAGGGCUGUGAAUCUGAAAUCUCCUCGAUGGUGACAGAGGCCCUGAGGAAGAUGGGUAGGAGUAUAGACGCAGCUCUGAGCACCACUGCUCACCUGGCAGCAGUAACUGGCACACAUCUUCAUCUGACUGAACACGGAUCAGACGCUGUAGGCAAAGUGAAGAGGUCUGCUGGGAUGUGUCUGCGCAAGGGAAUGUGCCGAGGUGUGCGAGCUCUCCUGGAGGAGGCUCUGCUCAUCAGCCGAGAGAUGCUCAGACAUGCUCAGUUAGCUCAACCUAGAACUCAGAUUUUACAAAACCUUAAAGUGAAAAUGCUGGAGGUGGCAAAAAAUUUGCAAAGUUACAUUCACUGCAACAUGCUGCUCCAGGAGAAUCCUGACCCUACAGAGAAUGAUCAAGAUGGAGCCGAUGCUGUGCAGAUGGAAUGUUUGAAAAACACGGCCUCCGGUCUCUUUCAGCUUAACCAUGCUCUCCAGCAGCUUCACUCCUCCUUGUCUCGCACUCUCAGAGGUAGAGGCAGCGAUGUUGGUCUCGGGUCUUUCAGACAUACAAUCCAGUCUUUGACCAAGACCAUUUGUGACCUUGUGCAUGGAUUACCGAGACAGACGGACGUCUGCCCCGCUGGUACUCUUCAGCUGCCAUGUUUAAAGAGCGUCAUGGAUGCCCGAGAUGACCUGCACUCUGCAUUGUCCUCUCUAGCAGAACUGUUUGAUGCGAGCAGUGAAGAAAAUAUGGAAUCCAGGAUCUUCGUGAACGAUGAGGUCCAGGAACCAGCUCAAGGCCCAAGAAACCAAACCGUCCCCAAAAUUAUGUACUCGCUGUCCUCGGGUGUCCGCCCGUGCUCCAGAGACAUUCAGUGGGUUUGAGCUGUCUCUUCUGAGUCAGAUAUAGGCGAAAUGUUCUUUACACUAGUUUAAGCACCAAGCAAUACUAAAGAAAUUUCCAACGUGCACAUUUUUCCAUUAAGAGGUACUGUAUUAUUAAAUGUACAAAUAUAACGUUUUUUGUAUGUGAUUAUGCUUGUGUGGGGAUGAAUAUUACCUUUCUUUAGAAUAUUUGCGUGUUUAUAUAUAACGGGUGUUUAUUUCUUGUAUAUUACCACGGAUAUAAUAAUAAGGUGCAGUAAUACAAAAAUAACUAUUUCAUCUUUAAAAAAAAAAAUCACUCAUGACUUUUGUAUGCACUGUUUUGCGUCUUUGCACAAACGUUUUACAAUUGCUGUCGUACAUUUGUCCCUUUACGUUGCCAUUAAAGAAUCAGUUUCUUUACAAUCAUGUAAUAAUUCAAUAGUUUAUGUAUUAUUUUUCAUAAUAAACACUGAUUUUAGCGG